UAAGGCGUGAGUAGAGGACCCUCUUUCAGAUUUUGCUCCGAAAACCAAACCUUCUUUUCUUUCAUCUGAGUUGCAGAGAGAGAGAGAGAGAGUGAUUGUUCUGUUCUGUUAUGUUAUGUGAGUAACAUGCAAAUGAAGAAGAAAAUAAUAUAUAUUUUAUAGAGAGAGAAAGAGUUGAAGAUUGUUUCUCCAUUUGAAAAUUCCUCUCACAUCAAACUGAACCUUUUUCCUGUUUUUAUAAUCCUGCUGGUGUGUUCCUAUCCAACCUUUUCUGUUUGAACAGGCUCUUGAUUUUGUUGAAGGUGGUGGUGGUGUUUUUGUUGGCGCUUUUUUUGUUCUCUGUGGCAGAGACAUGUUGGACGGCCGUUCCUGUGUUGUUCCGAGGAUGUUUUCUAGCUCUUGCCAGACAGAGAACAACUGGUCUUACAUGAAGGACUAUUUGCUGGAUUUGGAUAUCAAAAAUGGAAAGCGCCCUAUGGAAAUUGAUGCUGAAGGGGAGCCUCAACCGAGGAAAUGCACCAAGAUGUUAGAUUCUUGCCAGGAAGUUGAGAUUGCUCGAGUUUUGUUUCGACAACAAUCGCUUCAGGGUAAGGAUUCUGUUGUUCCUCAAAUGGAUUCUGAGCAGGACAACCAGCUUGAUGGUGAUUCGAUGGAUUCUGAUGUUCAGCAGCUGCUACAUGCUGAAAUAUUUUUGAGUGCUAGUGACCAGAAUCAACAGCAGCACCAAGCUGGGGAUUCAUCGGAUUCUGGUUCCCUUUUGCCGCGGAUGAACCGGGACAGCUCAAUAGCCUGCCUCAGCCGCUGUUCGAGGUCCGACUAUGGUUCCCUUGCCUCCCUUAACCGGAGUUUCCAGAACAUCAUCCGGAGUGGGGAGCUCUAUAAAUGGAGGAGACUAAAUGACAUCAUAGAACACUGGAUUUACUUCUCCUGUGCCCUCCUUGAAUGGGAAGCCUAUGAUCCGAAUCGCCAGAGGUGGAUGCACUUGCCAAGGAUGGCUUCUAAUGGGUGUUUCAUGUUUUCAGACAAGGAAUCUUUAGCUGUAGGGACCGAACUACUUGUGUUCGGGAGGGAGCUGAGGUCCCAUGUGAUUUACAGAUACAGCCUCUUGACAAACUCAUGGUCUUCUGGAAUGAGAAUGAAUUUUCCAAGGUGCUUGUUUGGCUCUGCAAGCCUUGGAGAGAUUGCGAUUUUAGCCGGUGGGUGUGAUUCAGAGGGCCAUAUUCUUGACUCUGCUGAACUGUACAAUUCAGAGUCCCAAACAUGGGAAACACUCCCAAAUAUGAUAAAACCAAGGAAGAUGUGUUCUGGAGUGUUUAUGGAUGGGAAAUUCUAUGUUAUAGGUGGAAUUGGGGGAAGUGAUUCCAAGCUUCUUACUUGUGGAGAGGAGUAUAAUUUGCAGACAAGAACAUGGACUGAGAUUCCCAACAUGUCCCCGGGACGGAGUACUCGAGGGUCUGAGAUGCCUGCAACAGCUGAGGCACCACCUCUUGUUGCUGUUGUGAAUGAUGAAUUGUAUGCUGCUGAUUAUGCUGACAUGGAGGUUAAGAAAUAUAACAAGGACAGGAAAGUGUGGUUAACCAUUGGGAGGCUGCCGGAACGCGCGGUGUCGAUGAAUGGUUGGGGACUUGCAUUCAGGGCUUGUGGGGAUAGGCUCAUUGUGAUUGGUGGACCAAGGACUCAUGGUGAGGGUUUCAUUGAACUCAAUUCAUGGGUGCCUAGUGAGGGACCUCCACAAUGGCGUCUACUAGCUCGAAAACGUUCCGGUAACUUUGUCUAUAAUUGUGCUGUGAUGGGAUGCUGAAGCAUUAUUGACUUCUGAAAGCUACUACACCUUUUCAUGUUUCUUCAAGUCCAAUGAGUUGUUGCACAACUUUGAUUCAUGAUCAUCAUCCAUUGACACAGGAUUCUUGCUAAUUGGUAUUUCCCUAAUUUCUCUUUAUUAUACUUUUCCUUUUGAAGGUUGGGGGAAAGAGAUUCAGAUAUUACUCAAGAUUAGCUGAAAAGUUUUCUGGGGAGGAGCUCUUCAGUCAUUUAUUUUUGUUUAAAUUUUCAAUUACUAUGUUAUUCUGCUGAAAUUGGUAACUUCCCCCAUUUUCAUUGAAAUGAAAUUUUUCAAAGCUUGGUGUCAUGUAGCAUAGGAAUAGUUUAAAUAAUUGAAGUUCCAACACAAAUUUAGGAUACUGGUGUUGUUGUAUGUUUAAGUUUUCCUAAACACACAGCUAGAUAUUUGAUUUUCAUGAUCAUAAAUUUGUUAGCUUGAAGGAAUGAAAUAACUUUCUGAGAGUUGUUUUUAUUAAUUUUGGAUGAUUAUGUAUU